AUGUCCUGUGUGGGCCCCCACCCCUCCCAAGUCGUGCAGGACAUGUCCUGUGUGCGCCCCCACCCCUCCCCAGUCGUGCAGGACAUGUCCUGUGUGGGCCCCCACCCUUCCCCAGUUGUGCAGGACAUGUCCUGUGUGCGCCCCCAAACCCUCCUCAGUUAUGCAGGACAUGUCUUGUGUGCGCCCCCACCCUUCCCCAGUUGUGCAGGACAUGUCCUGUGUGACCCCCCACCCUCCCCAGUUGUGCAGGACAUGUCCUGUGUGCGCCCCCAAACCCUCCUCAGUUAUGCAGGACAUGUCUUGUGUGGGCCCCCACCCCUCCCCAGUUGUGCAGGACAUGUCCUGUGUGCGCCCCCACCCUUCCCCAGUUGUGCAGGACAUGUCCUGUGUGCGCCCCCACCCCUCCCAAGUCGUGCAGGACAUGUCCUGUGUGCGCCCCCACCCCUCCCCAGUCGUGCAGGACAUGUCCUGUGUGCGCCCCCACCCUUCCCCAGUUGUGCAGGACAUGUCCUGUGUGCGCCCCCACCCUUCCCCAGUUGUGCAGGACAUGUCUUGUUAGCGCCCCCACCCCUCCUCAGUUAUGCAGGACAUGUCCUGUGUGCGCCCCCACCCCUCCCAAGUCGUGCAGGACAUGUCCUGUGUGCGCCCCCACCCCUCCCCAGUCGUGCAGGACAUGUCCUGUGUGCGCCCCCACCCUUCCCCAGUUGUGCAGGACAUGUCCUGUGUGCGCCCCCACCCUUCCCCAGUUGUGCAGGACAUGUCUUGUUAGCGCCCCCACCCCUCCUCAGUUAUGCAGGACAGGUCCUGUGUGCGCCCCCACCCUGGUCGUGCAGGACAUAUCUUGUUUGCGCCCCCACCCCACCCUAG